AGGGGUAUAACAUUCCACUCUUUUCUCAAAAUACAGUCGCACAAAAACUUUUCCAAAAACACAAUCAAAAAGUUUCCACCUCCGGUGCCAUCUGAAGAUCCAAUCAAGAACAACUCCGGCGACCUCCCCUUUGCCAAUAGAACUCAAUCUGGGGCGGGCCAGCUAGCCAGUAGCUGCUAGUGGAGCCCAGUCAAUAAGCCAUGUGCAUUCGGUUGACAUGAGAUUUUACCACCACCAAAUUGUUAAGUGUGUCUGACGGUUCUCUUUCCAAAUCUAAGAUGGCUUCGUCUCCCUACCAAGAUCGGACGUUUGAGUUCUGAUCACUUACCGAAACUCUGAAAAAGAUCGAAGGAAUCUCAGCCAUUAAUCAUACAGAAAAUUCUCCACCUCCACCUGAAACUUCUGUACAUGCGUCUUCAAGAAAGCCUUGCUGAUUGGGUUAGGGAUCCAUGAAGCCUCUCAGAAAAUCUCCAAGCUUGCUUAAUUGGCGAAAAAGAUCAUCAAUGUUUGAUGACCUGCUUGUAGAUAUACAGGAGUUAACUAUGUCGAUAAAGAACGCCAUUACAACGUUCAAUGUUGCUCUUACAGAUUUGCAAAUUAUUCAAAACUUGGAGAUAUCCGAUGGCAAUUACUCUCAGGACAAAGUUGUUCACUCCACAACUAUUUGUGAUGACUUAAAGAGCAAACUUAUAGGGGCUACCAAAAAGCUUCAAGAUGUGUUGACUGCUAGAACAGAAGACUGCCAAAAUGAGUGGAUGAAUGUAAGCAAACAAGAACAAGUUCAUAGAGGAGUGGGGAUUUGAUAGAAUGUUAAAUAUUAUUACUUCAUUUAAAUAAAUAAUAAAUAUAUUAUUAUGAUUGACUGUUUUAUUUUGUUACACAUGACAAUGGUCAACAUUCAAAAAAUAUGUACAUGCUAUAGAGAAAGCCAUUAGUAAAAUGAAGUCAUACAUUAUCAUCUAGCAUUAAAUUAA